AUGGCAACAAUAAACACCACCUGGCUAAUCACUGGCGCCUCUUCGGGCUUGGGUAAAUCGAUUGCCCUAGCAGCCCUCGAAGCCGGCUACAGAGUGGUCGGGACCACUCGCGACGUUGGCAGAGCUGAGAAAUCCUGCCCUGGGUUCUCAUCCAAUGGCGGCAUCUGGAUCAAGCUAGAUCCCGCCCAGGACGAUGCCUAUGAUCAGUUCACCAAAUGCUCUCAAAAGUAUAAUGUGGACGUCUUGAUCAAUAGCGCUGGGUAUGCUUUCAUCGGCGGUGUUGAGGAUACCAGUGAGACUGACAUUCGAGGUCAAAUGGAGGUAAAUUUCUAUGGACCUCUGCGCGCCGUCCGGGCAUGUUUGCCGGUGAUGCGCGCGAGGGGCUCUGGUCAUAUCGUCCUCGUCAGCAGUGGUGCUGGCUUCCGAGCCCUUCCGGGAAGAAGCAGCUAUUCCGCUAGUAAGUUCGCCAUCGAGGCAAUCCACGAGUCGCUCUCCUACGAGGUCAGAUCUCUCGGUAUCAAAGUUCUCAUAGUCGAACCCGGAGCGUUUCGUACGCCAUUUGCGAGCCGAGUUCGUAAUCCCGCUCAUCUUGAGCAUGGCUUUAGUGAGGGAUAUCAAGGUACUGUGCUCGACCAGAUGGUGACUGCCCACCGGGGUAUGAAGAAGUCCAUCCCGGAUGGUUUCAAAGGUGACCCUGACAAAGCCGCGAGGGCAAUUGUGGACGUUGUUAUGUUGGGGUAUGAUUAUCUUCGUUUGCCGCUGGGGACAGACUGUGUGGUUGCCUUGGAGGACAAGAUCGGGCAAUUGCAGCGGGAUCUAGAGGCGACCAGGAGCAUCGCCGCAGCUACCGACGUCGAUUGA